UGGGCGGUAGUUUCAAAUGCGCCGGACAUUGCAACGGCAGUCACGGAGACAGAACUUGACCGCGAAUCCCGGGAUAUUAAAGAGAACAGGUGACAGUACACCAGAAGCCUCAAAGCUGCACCGUUAUCCUCCACUACUUCGAUCUCACGAAUCCCUGGGAAAGCGAAUCGACGAUAGAGGAGAAACCGUUGCAAAACUCGCCACUCGGAACGAGUAUUCUGAUAACCAGUGAUAUUUUUUCGCGGCCGCUGUACAGUGAUUUUUCCCCGCGCAACGGUAGCGUAGCAUCGCGUCGCGCCGACUUUCUAUUAAUAUCGGGUCGAAUCGGGCGGGAUUUAAAAAUAAAGAGCUCUUGCCUGUUGAGAGAGGCGACCACCGUAUCCGACCGAGCGAGUGGAAGAGAGAAGGAAAAGCGCAGGGAAGGUCUAUUUUAAAAUUGCUUGAGGCCGUCGUCACCACGUCUGACGCAUCGACUGGCGAUUAAUCGUUCCUCCUGCACCUUUUUUCGGGGGUAACAGCUAUUAAACAUUUCGCCAAAAGACCGGCGAGAUGGGCAUAUUAAUUUCCAGGUUUCGGAAAAAGAAAACGACGAUUGAAGUUUUGGAGGAUCUUGAUGUUAAAAUUAAAGAAAUUGAAGAAUAUGGACAACAUACAGAGCACAGGCAUAAAAAGAUCGUCGGCACUUUAAUUAUCUACAGCGUAGCACUGUACAUUAUAGCAGCGUUCAUUUUUUAUUUCUACUUCUUUCCUGCGUCUCUCUACGACCAGCUAAUCUACAUUACUCCGCUCCUGAUCUUUCCUAUCAUAAUAUUAUUAACAAAGAAAAUGGUCUCUUGGUACUAUAAACGAAAAAUUUCACGAAAUUAUGACAAGCUAACAACCAUGCAGAAAGAGAAAAAGAAGAUUUUGGAUGAAGUUACUGAAACGGAAACUUAUAAGAAAGCUAAGGAAAUUUUGUUGAAAUUUGCACCUGAUCAGCUGAGAAUGACAUCCUUAUCACCACAGCAAGCACCUAAAAUAGUAACUGCAAUGGAAACACCACGUCGACCCAGUGCACCUCAAGCUGCCGUGCCAUCGCUGCCGACAGCUGAUGGAUUAAGACGCAGAGCACUUACAGUUUCAUCUGUACUGCCACAAUCGCCAAUCGGUAUGACAUCUAAUGUCGGAUUGGCACCAUCAGGUGUAUCUCCUUUCCCCACACCCUUAAGCAGCCCAUAUCAGGCAGGCGUUAGAUCUCUUAACAGUUCGGCCAUGGAACCUCGAACACCAUUACCCCGUCCCAUCUUUCCACAGCAGAGGACCUAUUUGGAUCGUUUGGUGGAAUAUCUAGUGGGUGAUGGACCAUCUAAUCGAUAUGCUCUAAUCUGUAGACAAUGUGGAUCGCAUAAUGGAAUGGCUCUAAAAGAGGAAUUUGAGUAUUUUGGAUAUAGGUGUUCGUAUUGUAACUUUUGGAAUCCGGCUAGAAAACAAAAACCGUCUGCUCCAAAGUUGGAAAGUGAUUCCAGCAAUGUUUUCUCCCCAAGUACGCUUUCAAGUAGUCAGCAGCCAAUAUUGAGUACCCCAAGUACUAUUCACUUAUCGGAGAGACAAUCGGAGCAAGAUAUAUCUUCUGGUCCUUCAGAUACAGAAUCUGACGCUGAAGUUGCCGAAAAGUCUGUUGAAAGGAUUGAACACACAAAAGAGCCGACGAACGAUGAAGUUCGCAGUUCACUAAAUCCGUUCGAGUCUGGUUCAGAGGAAGAAGCAAUAGAGGAGGUGCCCGAAAGAGCCGAUGCUCACAACAAGAAAGAAUUUGCUAUCGAGAGAAUGGAAGUGGACGAAUCUCCGAAAGUAAAUUGAAAACUUUUGGGAUUUCUUCGAAAUCAUUGGAGGAUCAUAUUUUGUCGUCUGUUACAUAGCUCUUACCAGUACGUGUUCACGCAAAAAAUCACAACCAUUCCGAAACCUUUCCGGUCCCCAAUUAAUGCUUUAACAGCAUGUUAUUAUUUAUUUUAUCACUACUGUACACACUCUGUUGCAUUAAUACGAAAUGUUUUAUCUGCGUAUGUUAUUCUCUGCAGUCCGUAUUCUCUUCAUUUUAAAAUGCUGUAUAAUGUAAAAAGUAUUUCUGAAAAAGAGUAAUUCGCUGCGUAUUGACGCGUUAAGGUCAGGAUGCUGUUAAUUCAUUCACUUCUAUUAGGUGAAAAUGGAAUUUUCUGUGAUAACUAUGCUCUUCACUGAGAAAUAGUUUAAAUAAAAAUUUAAUUGACACAUCUUUUUAUACAGUGAGCACAAAAAUGUUAAGCGGCCUAUGUCUCAAACAGCAAAGACUGCAAUUAAAACCUCUUCGUUUAAUAUAAUAUUGAAUCGAUGCUCCGAACAAUUUCUAUAAUACAUCAAUGAAUCAGAAAAAUGUUAUAUUUGAACCAUGAAACUUGAAAACAUUUUUGAUUAACAAGGCAGUAUUUCUAAACUUAAUCCUUAUAGCGUUAUUGGACUAGGAUCAAACUUCAAUAGUGCGUAUAAAGAGAAAACACAAUGGUGAUUACUUACAUUAUUUAUGUUUAUCUUAGCAUUGCGAUAUUCGUGGAAGCGGUCCCACUGAUUUUACCCGUGAUUAAACGAUAAGAGAUUUCAUCUACCAUCAAAGUGUAACAUAAUGCGCAGUGUAUUAAGCUCCCACUUUGUGAAGCACGCCUUGACAUUAUGCGUAACAUUAUUAAAUAUGAUAGAAGAUUUAAACACGUAAUGUAAGUAGGAGAGUGCGUUUGUUAUUUGGAGAAUUGUGACAGGAAAAUAUACUUUUGUAACGAA